AUGAAAUAAUAAGAAUACAGUAAGGUUAAGGAAUAGACAAGAGCUCUAUUCAUUACAAAUAUCAUUUCCAGAUUGAUAAUUAUAUAUCGAUAGACUAAAUGCUUAAAUUAAAGUAAAAAAUGAAAAAUAUAGAUCUAGUUAGAUCUCAAAUAACGAAUCCUGAGAAUAGAAGUAAACUAGUAUAUUCAAAUGAAAUUGAUAGACUGAGCAAUAUAAUUAGAGUAAUGCAAUAAAUAAUCAAAUUUCAAAAUAUUAUGGAUAUUAAAAUGAAUCCAGUGAUGAAUGUUGAGAAAUCUGUUAGUUAGAAUGCUAAUAAUGUAUGUAUUCUAAAUGCUACCUAUGUGAAAAUAGAUGGCAACUGA